UAAUGCUAGUCUGUUUGGUCGGUGAAUCAAGUUGCAACGGUUUUUUUGUUUUCACAUUAACUGCUUUAAGAUUUUUAUUAACGUUUAUUGUUAUUGUUUGUUGAACAAUAUUUUACAUUUUUAUUUACAUAUUAUCAACCAGGUCAUUUAUUAAUCAUCAUCUUUGACCUUUUUCUUGUUUUAUAAAAAACGGUUUUCAACAUUUUUCAACUUAUGAUUUCCCGGGUUACAUAGACUACUCAGUGCCUUAAUUAUUGGAAAGUGUUUACAAAGAAUCGACAUUUUAUUCACCAUUUUGUAGUGCAUUUUAUCAACCGUCACGUUAGCCACUGUUUUUGGUUAGCCAAAAUUUAAAAACAUGUUUAAUUUUAAUCAUCAGUUUUUUUAUCAUCGAAACAACAAACAACCUGUUGCUAGUAUAAAUUCAAUAUACUGUUUCAUUUUAAUUGUACUUUUCAACUGUUUAUUAUGUGAAUCCGCUCAAACCAAGGGUAAAUUUAUCAACAAAUUGACCCCAGUCAACAAGAUUGUCGUUGUCGAGGCUACAUUGGACUUGCCACCUGGUCCAAGCAAAUUGUUGAACAUCACUCACAACGAGAUCAAAUUACCGAAUAGCACGAGUAUCCGUGAGACCAGAAUAAUAAGCAAAAAUGUUACAAAAACAUCAGUGAAUAAAUCUCAAAAGUCAAAGGGUAAACCAAAUCAAGUGAAAACCAAUGUUACCCACGUAGAUGAGGAAGUACACUUGAUCAGUUGGAGGUGGGAAGAGCUAGGCAAUUACUUUUUAAUCGGAGCGUUUUUAUUGAUAGCUGCUGGGGUCAAAAUUUGCUACCAUCACAGUCACACACUGAGCACUCAUAUUCCAGAAUCAUGUGUUCUCAUUCUUUUAGGUACCAUAGUUGGGACCAUUUUCUUUUUUACAGGCGUCCUUGAAAGUGAAUAUGUUCCUAAAUUUAAUUCGCCACUUUUCUUCUACGUUCUUCUUCCACCAAUCAUUUUGGAGUCAGCCUAUAGUUUAUACGAUAAAAGUUUUUUCAACAAUAUUGGAACAAUAUUAUUAUACGCUGUUGUGGGUACGAUCAUCAAUAUUGCCACCAUAGGGCCCAGUUUGUAUUAUUGCAGUGAAUGGGGAAUCUUCGGAGAUGAUAAGAUACCCUUAAUAGAGUGUCUCAUUUUUGCGACUUUAAUCAGUGCAGUUGACCCUGUUGCAGUUUUGGCAAUUUUUGCUGAAGUCAAUGUGAACAAAGCUUUGUACUUUUUGGUUUUUGGAGAAUCACUUCUUAAUGAUGCCGUUGUUAUUACCAUGUACAAUACUGUCUCAGCCUUAGCAGGCAGAGAAAACAUUCGAGUAACGGAAAUUAUCAGAGGUAUUCUAAGUUUUCUUAUCACUUCUGGUGGAGGUGUUUCCACAGGAAUAUUUCUUGGUGCUUUAAGUUCGAUUGUCACACGGUUUACUGCUGAUGUUAGAGUUGUCGAACCAUUGAUUGUCAUUGUUUUAGCAUAUAUUUCUUACAUUGGCGCUGAAUUAUUUCACUUUUCUGGAAUCAUCAGUCUUAUUUGCUGUGGACUUAUGCAAGCUGAAUACACCCGACACAAUAUAUCAAAAAAAUCGUACACAACUAUAAAAUAUUUGACCAAAACCGUCUCCUCUAUAGCUGAUGUGAUAAUUUUUCUAUUUCUUGGAAUGGUUUUAGUGCGAGAUGACCAUAAAUGGAACACUGAAUUCGUUUUCCUAACAACAUUUUUCUGCAUCAUCUAUCGUUUUUUCAGUGUUUUCAGUCUAACAUAUGUUGCGAACAAUUUUUUUCAAAGAUUGAGAAUUGUUAACUUUGCUGAACAAUUGCUAAUGGCCUAUGGUGGAUUGAGAGGAGCAAUCGCUUUCUGCUUGGCAAUUAUGUUAGAUACAAGUAAAAUUAGCCAAGCAAAUCUGUUUGUAACUGCAACUUUAUUUGUUAUCCUUUUCACUGUUUUUGUUCUGGGAUCCACAACAAAACCAAUUGUCCACUUUUUAGAGGUUAAAAUUCAUAUCAAGCAUGAAGCUAAACUAUUUAUUGAAAUAAAUAAUAAAGUUGUGGAGACAUUUAUGGCUGGAAUGGAAGAAAUCGCUGGAAAUCGAUCGGCCAACUACUGGGCUCAAAAAUUCGCUCGAUUUAAUGAUAAUUAUGUUAAAGCGAUAUUAAUACGAGGAGGAGCUGAAAGAGCAGCUUCAAUCAGAACAGCUUAUGAAAAGUUCUACCAAGGCAAAGAGGAUGGACGCAUUCUUUUAAUUCAAGAAGCUAAAACAACUGUUAAAGAGGAACAAGAAACAAUAGCUGAACCAACUCAUUCCAAAUUAAUAAGAGCAUGUUCGGAUGGAGCAAAUGUUCAACGCAGCAAUGAUCCACAAGCAAAUACUUGGAAACUUUCAAAAUCAUCUUGGUAUAACCGACGACAUCGUACUCUUCCUGCUCGUCCUGGGCCUGAACCUUACCGAGAGCUACGAUCGCCCAAAAAACCAGAUAAAAGUGAGGAUGUUAGCCGUGUUUUGGCUGAAGCUUUCUCCAAAUCAGCUUAUUACCAAUACACUGGAGGUAUUCACAGUGUGGAAGAUCGUGAAGAUAAAAUUACUAAAGAAAAUGCUCGUAAAAGUAAAUGGUUAAUGGCAAAAUCAAAGAUACAAUUGGCUGCAAUUGCAUCUAAAAGUACAGAACAAGGAAGUGACCCAUUACCAUUGCAUUCAGUUGUUAAGGCUGCUAAGGCAUUGGCAGCUAUGAAAGAAAGACAGCAAAAUGAAUCAGUUAAUUUGGACAAUCUAAAUGAACGAGUUUAAAAAAAUGUUCAAUAUUUUCCUUUUUCUAAUUGUUGAAUGAUUCUUAACAUGUUUUACCUAGCUUUAUGAUCCAUUCUUGUUAAGUAUAUAUUGAUAUAAUUGACAAUAUUUUUAAAAGAUUAUUAUUCUAACUGACAUUUUUGAACAUUUUGUUAUUAAUUCUAACGUAUUAAACAGAAAAGCAAAUUAAACACGGAAAGCUAACAAUCAAGUUCAGGUUCAUUCUCCUUUUAUUGUUGGUUGUACUUUCAUUGUUGAAAUCAUUGAUUCAAAAUCAGUAAAAAUAUCACCACUUUGCUUUA